UGGACCAUGACGAAAAUUCAGCGGAGAAGCCUUGUCAGAAAUAUAUUUACAUAUCUACGGUAUAUAUUUAAUAAAGUCCGAAAAGCUCAAUUUCCUGCCUGCUUCCCGUCCACCUGUCAGCCUUGUCUGUAAAAUGUCCCGCUUUUGUCUCCUUGUUGGGAUUCUCGCCCGCUUGCUUCAACCGACUUCUUUUCAAGCUUCUCGCGGACUCGCCGAUGACUGACAGGUGGGGGAGCCUCUCCUACAUAAGCCGACAAUGAGGUGGAUGAAUAUGGAUGCGGCCGUUCCGUCCCGGCUGUCUGCUAAAGUUCGGCUCGGCUGCCUGCGCAUGCUGCUGGACACGUCGCACAAUGAAUGGCGUUCCCUCGAGAGGGAGGGAAAUGACGUCAAAGCGUCUCGUCGACGAGUGUCGCCGGCGAGGUCUUCGACAUAUUCUGCCGGCAUUUGCGUCAGAAGGUGCACAGAGGUGGGCAGGUCCGGUUCAAGUCUACUUAAUGAUCUUAUACACUGGACGACUGGAGAGUGACGUCAUGAAAAAGGCGCACGGGGGGUGUCAGUCAUUCAUUGCUGAUGUUGAAAGGAGUGGCGGUGUACACCCUAAACGUCACAAUAUUGAAGGAGUUUGGAGUGGAGUUGGGUCAGACCCUCUCUACAUCGCCUUCGCAGCUCACCGGAGCGUCGGACACUUGCUCCAAAUCGAUUUGGUUUCCAAGCCACCAUGAAGAAGUCUUCCAUCCGCCUCCUGCCGCUCGCCGUCCUGUUAACAAGCGCCCAAGUCUCACAAGGAACCCCCUUCCUGCAUGGAGGCGGGCACUCGGCCGCUGAAAUGCGCCAAAGAAACAAAAACUGGUGCGCGCACGUCGUGCACAAGAACGUCAGCUGCGCCGUCCUGGCGGGCUCGGAAAGCUUUGCGCAACCGGAGCUUCUGGCUUGUCCCCCGGAGAUGAUCAACUGUGCACCGCAAGUCAUAUACCGCACGCACUUCAGGCCCACAUACAAGCUGGACUACAAGACGGUGACGGAGCUGCAGUGGAGGUGCUGCCCGGGCUACCAGGGCCACGACUGCAUGGAGGUGAAAAGCGUCACCAAGCUACCAGAGCGAAACCGAGACAAUCUGGCGCCGUUUGCUUCUGGACACGUUUUAGCCGAGCCUACGGACCACCAGGGGGGCCGCCGGGGCAAGCAUCCGUGGCAAGGUCCUGCCGGUGCUCCCGGCCUGGAGGACGAAGUGCAACGACUUUCCCAGUUGGUGCUGGACAUGCAGGCCAGGAUAACUGACAUGUCAUCCAACCUGAGGUUGGACUUCCAGGAGGAUGCGAGCAAGAUGCUGUCCGUGCUGCUGGACCAGAUGGGGGAGCCGGGCCGAGCUGCCAGUGCCAGAGGUGGCGAGAGCAGGACUAUUGACUUGUUCUCUGUGGACAACCUCGUGAAUAAGAUCAGCUUCCUGGAGAGCAGGAGUGACACUUGGAAGCAUCUGGAGGAACGUGUCAACCGACACGAUGAGCAAAUUCAACAUCUAACGGAGGAACCCCUUGCACCCGCCUCCGUCGCCGACCUGCAGGCCUACGUGGACGAGAACAUCCGCACUUUGAGGAAAGAGCUGAUGGAGGGCAUGGAGAUCAAACUGGCCGAUCUGAAGAACUCAUGCGAUUACAAGAUCAUGUCCAUGCACCACGAGUGCGAGGACCAGGAGGAGCAUUACCUCGCCCUGAGCGAGCGCAUGGACUCCAAAGAAAAUCAACUCCGCCAACAAAUCCAGAAGCUGAAGAACGAGCUGGAGGAGUCACAAACCAGACCGGUUCCAGAUUGGCUUCUUGACAAAAUCGAAGGACUGCUGAACUCUUCUGUGGCGGAUCGGAAUGUGAAGAGAGAGCAUGGAGAAGCUAUCGCAGACCUGAAGGAGAAGCUCAUUUCAAUGGAGGAACGUCUCUCCAACAUCAACCGCCAAAGUCCGGAUGUUCCUCGAAAUGAAGCGGAUACUCUCCUCAGCGGCUCUUUCCAAACGUUGGAGGAUAGCGCGAAUGUCUUGGACCUUGAAUUUUGCAAGGCAAACCUGAUAGUCUUAGAGAAGAGUCGAAAGACAACUUGGGAAAAGCUUCAAGGCAUGGAGGGCCGUCUUCAAAACCUGGAGAGCCUAUGCGGCGAACUGACUGCCGUCAAAGAUCGCGUGGGGGUCCUGGAGGGCCACGACUGCACCAAGGUCCUGCCCAGAGCCCGGGUGGUGACCGAUAUGACGCCGCUGGAAGUCAAGGUCUCCCGCAAGGUCCAGAUGGAUGUGGCGCGUAUGGCAAAGGAUCUCCAGAUCCAGACAGGCUUGACAGUGGAUGCGGGACCUCCUCUGGUGGUUCCCCCCAGACCUGAGAACACGCCCCAGAAGACGGCAUCGGCGGAACCCCCGGGUAAGAUGACUCUGUCGUCAAAGCUUCCCAAAGGGACGCAUGGUAGCUUUGCGCCUGUGCUCGGCUUCGCCGGAGCGCCGGCUGCACCAGUAAAACUCGCUGGGCCGCUACGAUCCACUCUUCCUUCCAUUGCUGCGGACGCGGUGGCACGGCACAUCAGCCACAAGAUCUCCUUCUCUGCUGGCCUCACCCUGCCGCCCGUUCACGGCGAGGCGGGCGUCAUCCGAUUCGACGCGGUGUUGGUCAACGAUGGAGGCCACUAUGACCCCAGGACAGGCGUCUUCACGGCACCCGUGGACGGCCGCUACCUACUGAGCGCCGUGCUCGGUGCCCAGCCCGGCACCAAGAUCGAGGUGGUCCUGUCGGUGGACCAGCGCGUCGUCCACAGGUUGGACUCCACAUCAGGGGCAGCCCCUAAGCCAUGCCCUGGCCUCUGUGCCUCCGCCUCGCUCACCCUGGUGGUGCCCAUGAGGCGUGGCGAGCAGGCGACCCUCACGCUGAUUGCGGGGAAGCUCGCCAACACUGCCACAGACUCCACCCACUUCCUGUCAUCCUUCAGCGGUGUGCUGCUCUACCCGUCUAGUCGGUAGCCAUCGCCGCUUCGCAUGUCAGAGUUGGAGAAUGCAAAAAGGUAAAAGAUUGACAUACUAUAUUCUUUAUGAAGGGGAACAAAAUAAGUAACUCAUGUCACGAUUUGGCACCCUUCCUCCUUACCUCAUGGCAAUUGCGAGACUAAUAAAGGUUUUCUUAUCUUAUCUUAUCUUAAAUGACUCUGGAGACCACGUGUGUCUAGUUUUAUUGGACUUAACUGCAGCAUUUGAUACAGUGGAUCGCAGUAUUUUGCUGACUCGUUUGCAGCACUCGGUGGGCAUUGGCGCCAAUUUAACAUGCACAAUGUUAAAUUGUAUGAAAAUACUCAACAAAAUCAUCAACCCUGAUUGAAGGGAAGCAAAAUGAGUGCUCCAUACCACUUUUGGCACCAUCCAACCACCUUCCAACCUUAGGAGGGGGUACCAAAAUAAAUGCUUCAUACUAUUUAGCAACUUUGGAAUCUGGGAAGGUGUCAAAAUUAGUGAUUAAUGACAAUUCCUUGUAUUUUAUUUUUAUUGUUGUAUUUUUUUAAUUAGGCUUUAUGAAAAUAAAAACUUCUGCCUAA